CAACCAUCACGCAAACGCUCUUGAUCAAAAUCUCAUCAUGAAUAAGGAACAGACUGAUUCACUCUGCAAUUAAUUUAUGUAAAAGUUCUUCACUUCUUCCUUCUCCUCCUAGUUGUGAGUUGCGUUCCCCUUUUUGUGUGAAUUGUGGUGAGUAGGAGUAAAGGGCCGGCCCCAUUAUCUGGGCCUUCUUGUGAGGGGAAAGUACCGUCUGGAUACUCGGGGCACUGCAGAACACCGGCAGACACCGACACGUCCUCAUCACAUGCACACGCGACGAGCUCAGGAAGCGAACAAACACUGCUUUGGUCUCCCAGCAGAGGAAACUCAGAACCCCUGUACAGCGCCGUACAGCUCGAAAACAAACAAACAUCUGUCUUCCUCCGCCGUCGGACCGACGAUGACAUCGCCUACCCGUCAAUCCCUAAUCCCUUUCCUCCUGUUGUGGGUCACCAUCCUGACCGUUGUCCAGGUUGCGUUCAUCGUCUUCUUCUUCGCGGCUGGCCAUCACGGCCCGUCUCAGAAGGUUAGCGCUGCAGCACCAGAGCCCCCGAUGCCAUUCCAGGCGAACAACACACCUCCGCCCCCCUCUGAGCGUGGGCUUCUCUUGGGCAAAGGCAAGAUGCUCACCUUUGAAGUCCACAGUCACAUGAAGUGGUCGGCAAAGAAUCCAGAUAAAGGCCUGGUGUCAGAAGAAAAAGGAGGAAGAGUUCUGAAAAUAAUGAGGGAUGGAUAUUUCUUCCUAAAUCUUCAGGUGACACUGUCUUCAUGUAAUGCAACGGGCGGAUCGCAGCACACAGUCAGCAUGAAGAGCGACGACGACGUCAUCCUGCAGGGUCGGAUUAACAGGUACACAUGCAGCACAGGCCUCCUGGGGAAGGUAGAGGAGCUGUCUGCCGGAAGCUCCCUGGAGGUCCACUGGCCAACCACUGAAGAACUCAUCAAUGAAUCUCUUACCCACCUGGACAUCAUCUACAUGAACAAGCCUUAGAGGGAGCUCUGAUGGAGCGCUGGUGUAUCGCUAUUCUAAAUGGCGUGGUCACAGAAAGUGUACUUAUUGUCGUUGGAUCACCGGAUCAGCAGUCAGAGACUGAAGAAUGUCUUUAGCCCACAUUGCUGGGGUAAUUUAAAAUUGUUUUUGACGUCCAAUAAUUUCCGCAAAGUAAAGCAGCUUCAGGAUCAGUCGACGGGUCGAUGGCAUCACUACAAAUCUCCUUCUCUGCUGUUGUGGUUAAGAGACAAAAGGAACAUGAUGUAUAGCGAUUUUCAUAUAAAAUUUUUUUCAAAAAUGAUCAUUGCUACUCAAACAGCUGUGAUCGAGGAGCACAUUUUAAGUGAGUGAAACAGGUGUUUAGAGUGAGCAGAUCCACUUUUGUAUUCAUUUCUUUACCUUGUUGGAGUUUCUUAAAAUGUGUUAUAGUUAACUGCAAGAAUGUAUUAUUCAGAAUUUCCGGGAGAACUGUGUUAUUUACACCACGGCUUAUUAGCUGCUUCUUGAUUUUAUUUCCUGAUACGUUUUUAAACAGUUUAAAUGAUAUUUAUGUUGUAUUUAUUUAUCGUUUGCAACUAAAAUAUAUACCAUACACGAAUAUAUACUGUAUUUAACAAAAUUCCACGGGCAGGUUAGCAAAUAACAUAAUAAUAAAUGUAUGUUACUGUGUGACAAUGUAUGUUAUUGAGUGGCAUGUAUUGUUAGUGAGUCACUGGAAUGUACACUGUUUUCUUUAUUAUUUACGGUAAUUAUAUCUAGCUAGAAUUGUACAAACUAGACAACAUGGUUGUUAAAUAUUUAAGAACAAAAUAUAGAUGUAUUUGUUUAGACAUGAUGGUAUAGAACAUGAUGGUGUUUACGCAAUCUGUAAUGAUUGUAAGAAACAGAAUUAAUGUUUGUUAUUCAUGUAAAAACCAGAACAGUUACAUACAUUAGUAUUAUAUUUUAAUUUAAAAUGAAAAGUGAAAAGACUUGACCGAACUAACCUCCAAAUAUCCUUCACCACCUGUAUAGCACAUUAUGACAAAUCUCGACUCGUGGUAUUUUAUGCGUAAAGUUUCAUGUUGUUGAAUGGAAAUGUUUCGUUUUGUUGAUGGUUCACACUUAUUUUGUCUCUCCGAUGUUUGGUGUGAUCAUGCACAUUCAAAAACUCCUGCUAUGAAAACAUCUCCUUAAUUAAAAACUAUAUUUUUGUCA